CUCCCUCAGCGUCGCGUCUCCAGAGCAGGGGUGAGCAGAUUUCAGUAUAUUUAAUUGUAAAAUACAUUUUACACUGUCUGUUUAUGCAACACAUACGAGGGCGUUUCUAGAGUACAGCAGUGUUUGUGUGUUUUCCGACUUAAACACCUGAGGAAAACGUUAAAUUAAGACUUGAGUGAUUUCGUGCUGUUAUUGAACGUCUCUUGAUCUGUGAAGCGAAUGAAUGCGAAACGAUAUCAAGUUUUAUCUGCUGCAAUUUUUCGUAACGUUAUUCCUCUUUUGAGAUUUAUCGUAAGCAGAUAAAAAAAUGGUUAUAGUAACUUUACAUUGUUAAAAUUGAAACCAUCUCCUGCUAAAUACUUAAUAUAAUUAGUCUGUAUAAUGAGUCACGUGUGAUUAUUUUAAAUCUAUACAGACAUAUGAAACCACAUAGCUAUACACUGUAGUUGUUAUAAAAUCAAACUAUAUUUAGAUGUGCUUUAUUGUAGUUAUAUGACUCUAAUUGCUAGUCGAGAGAUGGGUGUCAUUAAUGUUUAUGCUUGAAUUUUUCAUUCUUACUGUUAUUUAUAUUUUGGAAGAAUUUACAUCAUAUUCGGUUCCAUAUUUCUAGACAGAUAUCUGCUUAAAUGUUAAUACUGGGCCCAAAAAAAUAAAUAAAUAAUGGUAUUCAUGUUAACAAUAGAAAGCAGAAAUGCAUAGAUUAUGUGAAUUAACAGAUAUGGGAGUGCGGUGCUGAUGCCGUUAAUUUUAAUUUAGCAAUUUAAUCAUCUACAAAGAGCUAACAUUUUAUAUUUGUGUGGCUCAUAGGACAUCUGCUUCACUCGCAUAAUUGUCUAAAUCUAUAAAUUAUUAUUAUUAUUAUUAUUAUUAUUAUUUUAUUACGAAGCAAAUCUGCUCCUGCCACACAGAAAUUCAUGUUCAGUGAAGCUCCUCCUACAAACCCUGCAGAAUGAAACACAAUGAAGAUCCUAAAGAACAAGCAGAGUUGAUUGAAGAAAACAAGGUGAAUGAAGUAUUUAGUGUAAUUGAGGAGAAAAAUCAUACAGAAAAUGGAGAAAAAUAUUUAAGUUGCUCUCAAUCCAAACAGAAAGAUUUUAAGGAAACCAGAGCCAAGAAAUCUUUCACCUGCGCUCAGUGUGAAAAGAGUUUCUCAAGCAAAUCUAAAUUUGAUGUUCACAUGAGAGUUCAUACUGGAGAGAAACCGUUCACAUGUGAUCAAUGUGGGAAUAGUUUCACUCAACCAUCAAGCCUUAAGAUGCACAUGAACAUCCACACUGGAGAGAAACUGUACAAGUGUUCACACUGUGAAAAGAGAUUCAGUCGCUCAGGAGACCUGAAAACACACGAGAGGAUCCACACUGGAGAGAAACCAUACACGUGUGAUCAGUGCGGAAAGAGUUUCAAACUAAAAGGACACCUUACAGAGCAUAUGAGGAUCCACACUGGAGAGAAACCAUUCACUUGUGAUCAAUGUGGGAAGAGUUUCAAACUAAAAGGACAUCUUACAGGGCAUGUGAGGAUCCACUCUGGAGAGAAACUGUAUACAUGUGAUCAGUGCGGGAAAAGUUUCACACGAAAAGGACACCUUACAGGGCAUAUGAGAGUUCAUACUGAAGAGAAACCGUACAAUUGUGAUCAGUGCGGGAAGAGUUUCACACAAUCAUCACACCUUAAGGAACAUAUGAACAUUCACACUAGAGAGAAACUGUACACAUGUGAUCAGUGCGGCAAAAUAUUUUUGAGAGCUUCAGACCUGAAGAAACAUCUGAGAGUUCAUACAAAGGAGAAGCCAUAUUCAUGUCAUUUGUGUGGAAAGAGUUUUUCAUGUUUAGAAAAUGCAAAAAAACAUCAGAAAAUACAUACUGGUGCGAGAGACCAUGUGUGCUUUGAGUGUGGGAGGACUUUUACUUCAGCUGAACAUUUAAAACAGCACCAGAGGAUUCACACUGGAGAAAAACCAUACAAGUGUUCAUACUGUGACAAGAGAUUCAGUCAGUCAGGAACCGUGAAAAAACAUGAGAGGAUCCACACUGGAGAGAAACCGUAUAACUGCACUGGAUGUGGGAAGUGUUUCAAUAAUUCAUCUGCUCUACACAGUCAUACAAAAAACAAUCACAGUAAGUAGAUCAUCUUCAGAUCAAGCACUUUCAGAUCUGAUGCUGCAUCCUCACCACAUGAGACACAAUCAUGCAUCAAGAAAUAAAAUAUCAUCUAGAUAAAUGUCAUUAAAAACAACAUGAAGAGACGUUAUUUAAAGUCUCUCCAUCUUCAAAACCAGCAGAUAAUAGAUGAUGGACUCAUGAGGCAGUGGAAGUUCAUUCAUCAUUUCUGUGAUCUGAAGCUCAAGUAUGAUUUGUUGAUGAUGAUGUUUGGUUUAUGCUGUAUGUUCAUUAUGUUUGAACUGAACUAACUGAAAUGAUCACAGCAGUCCUAAGCCCCUUUCACACUGCACGUUGGACCCGGCAAAUUGCCGAAACAUUGCCGGGUCACCUUCUGUGUGAAAGCAAACACGUCCCGGGAUUGAUUCCGGCAUUGAACCCAGGUCGGGGACCUAGUAACAUUACCGGGUUCAAUCCCGGGACGAGCGCUGUGUGAACAAAAGCCAGAUAUAAUGCUGUGUCGUAGUGAUAACGCAUAUUAUCGCGUGACUCUUUUACCGGCUGUUUUGAAGGAAGAUCAUCGUUCGUGACAAAAAAAUGUGCAAACUGUAAUGAAGCAGAGAUCAGUUGGUUCCUCACUUUCCGCACUGAAGCUGAGAUCCUUUACUAGCUUGAGUGAAAGUAUAACGUGCUUAACGUUUUCGACUCGUACAUUACACGUCACGCGCUGAUGUCACGUGUCGUUACGGGAUCUUCAAGGGUUGUGUGUGAAAGCACGCACUUAUCCCGGGUAAUCACUGGCAGUGUGAAAGUGCAAAAUCUAGUGACCCGGGAAUAAUUGCCGGAACACUUUACCCGUGUAUUUGCCGGAAUCGCAGUGUGAAAGGGGCUCUACUGACUUCAGUUAGUCAGUUCAGUUCAUUAUGCUGAGGAACCACACACGUCUUUACAUUGUUCAUCGUUUCAAACCUUUCAUUUCAUUCCCAGAUUCAAAGAGUCUGUUUUUUCCCCCCUCUUGAUUGUGUCUUUCAUCUGUCCACACAUCUUUCCUGUAGUGAUUGUGAUUAUUGUAGAGUUUGCAGUGUUUGCUGCUGCUCCUACUCUGUUUCUUUGGGGAGUCAUGGCCUAAUGGUUAGAGAGUCGGACUGGCAAUUGAAAGGUUUUGAGUUCGAGUCUCUGGCCAACAGGAAUUGUAGGUGGGGGGAGUGCAUGUACAGUUCUCUCUCCACCUUCAAUAUCACAACUUAGAUGUCCUUGAGGAAGGCACUGAACCUCCAACUGCUCCCCGGGCGCCGCAGCAUAAAUGGCUGCCCACUGCUCCGGGUGUGUGCUCACAGUGUGUGUGUGUGUGUGUGUGUGUUCACUGCUCUGUGUGUGCGCACUUCGGAUGGGUUAAAUGCAGAGCACAAAAUCUGAGUAUGGGUCACCAUACUUGGCUGAAUGUCACUUCACUCACUCACUCACUUCUUCAGUUCAUUUGUGUAAGAAAACCUGGUGAGUUUUUCAGCCUCUCACAAUCCAAAUUCUGGCUUGAGGAGAACUGACCCCUGAUUGAGGCCACUCUAUCCGAAGUUGUAUUUUUUUUUCUCUCCCUUUCUGUCACCGAUGGAGUUUUGGUUCCUUGCCACUGCUGCAUUUGUCCUGCUUAGUUAGGGACACUUAAAUUCUGGCAGUAUUGUUGACUUGAUUUCACAGACACUAUUUAAACUGAACAGAGCUGGACGAUUACAUCACUGAAUUCAACAAUGAACUGUCUUUAUCUGGAAAACUGUUCUGUAUUUUCCUCUUGCAUUAUCAACACAUUGUUCCUGUUUAACACUGUUAAGUUGUUUUUUCACAAUUUGUAUUGUAUAAAACAUUAUAUAAAUAAAGGCGACUUGGUUUGACAGUC